GUCAAAAUUUUCUCGGAAGCUAAAGAUAAAAAAUCGAAAAAUUGUCGAACAUUUUUAUUUCACUAAACUAUUUCAAAGACAUAUCAUCUGAUGCCGUUUUUGACGCUGAUUCCAAAUAUUACCUUAGUUUUGUUUUUAAGUGAAGUUUUGAUGACUAAAAUCUCGAAAAACUGAAAACUCGCGGUUCGUCGGCCAUUUUGUGCUCAGUUUGUGGAAAAUUGAAUUCUGUAUCACAUUUGACCUUCGAAUUAUUAGCAAAAUUCUGUUUAGAGGGUCAAAAGUGGCAUUUUCUCGAAAAUUCUGACCGUUCAAAAUCCCAAUUACCCAACUGCUGUGGGUUUUAAACAGUCACCUUCCACUUCAGAAACAUUAGACGAUAUGAUUCGCUUUUUAUCCGGCUUUCGAAUGAGAUGUUGUUCGAACGAAACGGAUAAAAAAUGGCGAAGUUAUAGCCAAAGUAUCAGAGAUGCUUACUUUUUGCAAAUCGACCAUGGUGCUCAUUUUGUAAGUUCUAUAACUCAGUCAGAAUAAGUCAGAAAGUUCUUUUUUAUGUUUCGUAAGCCCAUUGGUGAUAGUAGAAUCCGGAUAUGAAAUAAAAAGUAUGCGUCAAUUUUUCACGCGUGACCUGCCUUUGGCAAGAUACUCGAUCGACUGGCGAAGUCUCUCUUAAACGAACACGUAAAUAUUCUCAUUGGAAAAGAGUUUCCUUUUCAUAUGACGAGGUCAUGGCAAACCUCAAUAUGUACCAGAUUCACUUUGUGAUUAUCUGAUUGACCGGCAACUGAUUAUCUGUCGCAGAGAAGUAGACACUCAGGUAGUCCUAUACGUUGCAUAGUCAUAUUGAAAUAUUUUCUAUCUAUCCCAAUGUGUUUCUCAUGGUCUUCCCAUGGUUUGUCGUUGUCAUACAGCAGAAGAACAGACAAGCAGAUACUCCUAUGUCUUGCAUAGUCAAAUACAAAUAUUUUGUGUCUAAAGCAAUGUCUCUCAUGAUCUUCCUGUUGCAUGUCUUUGUCAUAGAGCAGAGUAGCAGACAAUGAGAUGCUCCUGUGCGUUGCAUAACCAUAUCUGAAUCAGUCUAUAGACUAUAGUGUGUUAAAUCUUUUCGAACUCACUCUCAGCUUCCUUUGGCCUGUUUAUUUUUAGGAUCCGUAUUUUCGAAUGACACGCGAUGUUGCACUGCGACUAAAUUUUCCAAAACCGGCGCUAUUACAUUUACGAAGAAUGAAGAUGUUAAAUAGCGACGAUGUGGAGUAGAAUUAUUAACAUCAAGGUCAGAUUUUUGAACAGACCGAUGGUGUGACUAUUAUAAAAGCUGAAAAAGAUCUCAAAUAACUGAGCUAAACACGUCAGUUAUAAUCUUUAUUCUCUCUUAUUUCACAUGAUACUUCUGGUUUUAUUGUUGAUUGGCGGUGAUACUACUAAAUUGUAAUUGUUUAUAGGGUUAUUCGAGUGGUCAAAUAUUGACGGGUGAAUUAAAGAAAACGUUAAUUGAAAUACUACAAAAAUUGGUAGCCGAUCAUCAAGUGAAACGACAGCAAACUUCACCACCACCGUCGAUCGUCGAUCCGAGUUCACGAAUUCAAGUCAACGACUGCUCUUCUAGUCGAAAACGGAAAGCCCCAGCGAAUGAUGACGUCACGAUGAUCCGUCGUCCAACUUCAACGAUUAAACGUCAAAAGUCUACUCGAUUUGAUCCCGAUCAAAUAUUCGAAUUGGAAACGCAUUAUAGUCAAGUUGAUAAAUAUUUAUCAAAGCAGGCUGCUCAUAAAUUAUCAGCGAAAACUGGCUUAUUAGAUGAUCAAGUGAAAAGAUGGUUCAAUAACAGAAGACAGCGUGACACAGACUUGUGA